AUGCCGGCGACCCAGACUCAAAACUCCGCGCAGGAUGCGUCGGAUAUUUCCCAGCUAUUCGAGCCAUUGUCAAUCCUUGAACGUCUCGUCGAAGGUCAAGUCAAAUAUGCGCAGAUCUUAAGCAAACAAGAGGAGCAUCUUUCAGCGUUGCGGAAACAGAAAGACCUACAACUGAUCCUAGACCCAAAAUAUAUCGAGUUUCAGGAUAGUCGUCAGAGGAAAAGAGAGAUAGAACGGCAGUGGCAUGACGAAAUCCUCAAGUGGAAUCCCUUACAAAAUUGGCCCCCAGACGAGGACCGAAGCCUGUACGACAUCCUUUCACCGGUUUCGGUGGAGCAAGAACAACUAUGGACCACCUGGCAAUACCAGGCGGCGUACCCAAACACCGCCGACUUCCUUGCGAAGACUACCUCUAAACCUCCCCGAAUACAACGCAUCCCCAAAGAUAUCCUAACAUCAGUCAAAAAUUCACGUUCGCGAGUCUCCUACUACUCAUUUCUCCAGACUGGAGAAGAAACGGUAGUUGAGAAAUGGAGCUCCGAAGACCCCGUCGCAGAAGAAACAGGGAAGAAGGUACCAAUGCCCCAGAGAAUGUGGAACAUCGUCCAACGUCGAGUAGUGGCGGACAGAACAGGGAAAUCUGGCAGAGUUGGAGAGCGUUUACCUUCGCGUCUGUUGUGCAUAGAAGACAUUUCUCCUGUCGUAGCCGCAAUUCUUCUCGCAUCAACACCGAGGAAUGUUGUCUCAAAUGUCUCGCCUUUCCUUGAGCGUUACCUGAGCUUCACAAACUUCGGCAAAGCAUCUAUGCAGAGUAUCAAAAGCGAGACCGUGAACACCUUUAUCUUCGAGUAUCACUUUGCCUUCUAUUACGUCACGAAAGAAUCCUUGGAAACCCAUUUGGUGCUCACCGACGUCCGCAAACUCCGGAAGUUCUCAUGGUUCGGCCAACGAUCCGAGAGUGAUACCUGCAGUCGCCACAUCUAUGAAGAACAGAUGAGUUUCAUCCUAAUGGGACAUGGCCAAGACACAUACACGUGUUAUCAACUGGGCGAGAAGUACUUCAACGGACCUAAAUCUGGCGAGUUUAGAACCUUUGUCAAUAGUCCCACAUGGACUCCGUCAACUAUGUUUCUGUCCUGGAUCGCCAUGGCCCUCCACCACGUUGGAAUCCGUUGGCAAGACGCGAUAGCUGCUGUAGAUGCCCAGAUUGCCUCUGAAGAAGCGGUUGUUUUCCACCAAAUGAAUAACUUUGACUUGGCGAGCGGAGCCAAGGAUCUCAAGAUAUCGAAGCUUCGUACCUACUUCUGGGCACUAGAAGCGUACAAGCUAUUCGAAGAGACGCUAGAAGCAACCGUCAACGCAUGGGAGCAAUUCAAGCGCCACUCGCUAGACAAGGUCAACGACGGCCGAAACCCAGAAGACUAUUCAAAAUCCGUAGAAUUGAUCGAGCUGGCCAUAGCUCGACUCCAGGACAAGAUAGAGAGGAUUAGAAAGAAGUCCGAGCAAGUGCUCCGUUUGCGGGAUGGGCUGUUCUAUGUCACAUCGCUAUCGGACACCAGUGUGACCAUCAACCAAGGCGAGAACAUCAGAUUACUCACCUAUUUCACCAUCCUCUUUCUCCCGCUCUCAUUCUCAACUAGCAUAUUCGGCAUGCAGUCCAUUCUCCCCCCUACUACAUCCAUGAAGACAUUCACCAUCGUCCUUCCGGUGGUAACAGUCUCCACAAUACUGGCAGUCUUGCUCCUCACCGUCUCUCCCCAAGACGUGCAGCAAGCCAUCAGAAAAACCAUACCCAAUCCUGGGCAAAAGCUCUGCUCCUAUAUAAACUCGCACCCACGAAAGCGGUGGGGAAACGGGGCUUCUCGCGACUCAGGAGAGCAACCCACCUGGAAACACCUCCUCUUUCUCACAGAGCUCCUUCUCAUCAGCAUCCCCGUCCACGAAGUCAAAGAAGCCGCCAAUCUCUACGGGUUGUGGAGACGACGUGCUGUUUCGGGAUCAGACAGCAGUCUUGGGAGCACGAUAUCGCAAACACAUCUCCGAAGCACCACCACGCUCGUUUCCGAGGGCAGGCCGGAUACCGGGGAGGGCGAUGCCACUGCGAAUGCGAAAUCACGCGUGCGCCAGGUACGGGAGCAGCUUGAGAUUCAGCAGACCCAGCAAGCCGAGCAAAGGAGCAUCCUUGCCGCCGUGCGACGGACGUCCACCGUUCUGCUCGUCGGCAUCCGCAUCCUCCUGCUCAGUCUCUGGAUCCCGCUGCUCCUGCUCGAGUACACUGUCUUUCUCUUCUGCUGUCCCUUUCUAGGCGGACCCAGUGAGCCUAUGCAGCUGGAACUCGACACGCGACUCCAGCCCAGCGUUAACCGACGCGAACAGCUCGCGCGGUUCUUCAGCGCUCCAUUGCUAUUCCUCGGCUUCGACCUCGAUCCAUCUCGCUUCCCAUUUUCAUUUUCGUCGCACAGCUGGAGGUGGAGAAGUCCCUUCCGGCGCACCAAACACGAACACCGCUCGCCACGCCCUCCGCCUCCGCCUCCACCGCCCACAGGAGGACCCUACGACCACGCCCUCACGCCCCUGCCCCCUCCCUCGUCCUCGUACCACCACCCAGGCCUGCACCUCCACCAGACCGCAAAUCGACCUCCGGGGAGAGCACCACCGCACGUGCGCAGCGCGUCGCGGAUACGCCAGAUGAUGGCGCAGCAGAACUUCCAGGCUGCGUCGGCGUACCACUACCAGCAGCAGGAUCGAGACCUCCUCCACCUUUCGGGUCCGAGUCAGCAGCACAAUACGCAUGGAUAUUCGAAUAAUUCCAAUCCUCAGGGCGGCAUUCCGAGACGUGCGGGUGGUGUUUGA